AUGGUUACUGAGAUGAAGACCGUCUAUUGCCAAAUGCUCCUCACCGGUUUCUUACCCAACCUCUUUACCUACAACACCAAGAUUAACUCCUCCUGCAAGCUUGGCGACAUAUCUAAUGCGAUGAUCUACCUUGGUCAUCUGGUACGGGCGGGCUUUGAUCUUGAUACCUUCACAUUCAACUCAUUGAUGCUGGGCUAUUGUAGAAGAAAUGAUAUCGAUAGAGCUGGAAUGGUUUCUGAGACAAUGUUGCGCAAGUCUUGCAAAAGGGAUGUAUACUCUUAUACUAUACUGAUUGACGGACUCUUGAAGGCUUUUAAGGUGGAGGAAGCGUUAAAAUUGUUGUCAGAGAUGGAGUACGAUGGCUGCUCUCCAAAUUCUAAUACCUAUACGGUUUUGAUUGAUGGGUUGUGUAAGAUGAGUAUGUAUGAGAAAGCAGAGAAUAUACUUACUGACCUUGCUAAUAAUGGUUUGGCUUCUAGCGUUAUUCCUUACAAUGCUCUUGUUAACGGGUACUGUAAAGGAGGCCGAGUUAAUGAUGCCUUGAGGAUUCUUGGGGAAAAUGUAUUGAAUGAUAUUAUCCCUUUGUUAAAGCUUUGGAAAGCUUCUUCUUCUUCUUCCCUGGAUUGA